GGUUGAAUCAAUCUGCCUCCGUGGUCCUGGGCUAAAGAGCGCAGCAACAAACCUGUUUAGAACAGCCUCCCCCUGGAUAAAACAAGCCCAGGAUUGCGGGGACGGGAUCGUAUCCGAAACAGGGCAACAGGACCCUCGCAUCGCUUUUUUUGAAUAUAUAUUUAAGAGAAAAAAAUCCUGCAACGAUUUUCUUUUUUUAAAUUAGAAUACCUAUUUGUUUAUUUUCUAUUAUUUUUGCCUCUAAAAUGAUGCAAAUUGCUGGCGCGCUGUCUACAGAGAGCCCUGCGAAGGGUCUUCCAGAGGUGCUUGGAGUGCCAAUGCAACAGAUCCCUCAGUGUGCUGGCUGUAACCAACACAUCCUGGACAAGUUCAUCCUGAAGGUGCUGGACCGCCACUGGCAUGGCAAGUGCUUGAAGUGCGCUGACUGCCAAGUACUGCUGGCAGACAAGUGUUUCUCGAGGGCGGGGAAUGUCUACUGCAAAGAGGAUUUCUUUAACAUCGAGCAAAGGGGGACUCUAAUACCUGGGGGACAAGAACCCAAGAUGGAGGCGAGGGCUGCUGGCUUUAGUGUUGCCCGUGAAGAAGUGGGGGGGACCCAAGAGAGAGACUUUUCAAAGUUAUAUACAAGGCGCUUUGGGACGAAGUGUGCCUCGUGCCAGCAGGGGAUCCCCCCCACACAGGUGGUGCGGAAAGCCCAAGACUUUGUUUACCACCUGCACUGCUUCGCCUGCGUCAUGUGCAACCGCCAGCUGGCCACGGGAGAUGAAUUCUACCUCAUGGAGGACGGGAGGCUGGUGUGUAAAGAAGACUACGAGACGGCCAAGCAGAAUGAUGAUUCUGAGGCAGGAGCCAAGAGGCCGCGGACGACGAUCACCGCCAAGCAGCUGGAGACGUUAAAGAGCGCGUACAAGAACUCCCCAAAGCCUGCGCGCCACGUCCGGGAGCAGCUGUCCUCCGAGACAGGCCUGGACAUGAGGGUGGUGCAGGUUUGGUUCCAGAACCGGCGAGCGAAGGAGAAGCGCUUGAAGAAGGACGCGGGCCGACAUCGCUGGGGGCAGUUCUACAAGAACGUGAAGCGCAGCCGUGGAGCCAACAAGCACGAGAAGGAGAGCUCGGCUGAGGACGGGGGGCUCAGUGACAGCGAGCUCAGCUUCAGAGAAGAGCAGAUUCUCUCGGACCUCGGGCACUCGAACGGUGUGUUCGGUGGGGUGGGGGAGGUGGGCAGUGGGACUCUGUUGAAUGGCAGCUUCCCGGUAGAUGGCACAGGACCCCCCUACCACGACCUGCGGGCUGGCAGCCCCUACGGCAUCCCCCAGUCUCCCUCCUCCAUCGCUCACACCCCCCUGCUCAACAGCCUGGGCUUCUCCAUGGACAGUCUCCUCGCCCAGGGGGGGCAGGGGGUGAGCCAGGCGCUGAGGGCCAUGGCAGGGGGUCCCACCUCCGACCUGUCCACAGGCAGCAGCACGGGUUACCCAGACUUUCCAACCAGCCCGGCCUCCUGGCUCGAUGAGAUGGACCACUCGCAGUUCUAGAGGCUCCCUCCCGCUCCCUCCUCCCCCCUCCCUCCUCCAUCCACGCUAAACACAAAGACUUUUUCUGAGAAGGUAAAGAGUUCCUGUCAAUGUUUUUCAAUGGCGAUUCAGAGGCGGAAGUGCAGCACUUUUAAGAAACCUCAGAUUUCACUUGUUAUUGUUUUGAACCAUGUUAAAGGCUUUCAAAUUCAUGUGGUUUUUAUUUUGCAACAUUAUCACUACUGCCCCUCUCACCUCUUUUCUUAAAAGAUAUUUUCACUUUGUACGCUGUUGUACACCGUGUACGCUGAAGAUAGCUACUUUUACCAAAUAUAAGACUUUAGAUUAAAGGAGUUGCUUCUUCCUGGUCCAAAUCACUUCCUGUGGUCUGACCUUAUAGCACAGGAAGGAGUUCGGUAACAUCGAGCAGUGACUUCAUCUUUCUUUAAAAAUCCUAAACAGACAAACAGUGGAAGGAGGGGCCAUGUUGUACUGAAUGACAUUCAUAGUGUACUAGACCAGGGUGAUUUGCACUUGGGAAUAUGUGAGCCCUGUUCAAGUAUUUGAUAUACAAAAAGAUGUAUAGUGCAUAAACAUGUAUAAUGUGUCCUAACAAACACAUACCACCAGGCUGCCACACUGGAUCAAAAAUAAAAGUUAAGAUCCCCCUACGAAUUCCCCACAAGUGAGUGUUACACCUUCCAAUUCUCAAUCCCACACAUAGACACUGCGAAUUCCCCAGCAGCACGCCUAAGAAGAGCCAGUUAUCAGGACACUCAGCAGAACAAGACCAGAAAGAUCAGCAACAAGCAGCAAGCCAGUGUCCAGGAGAGCUGUCUACCACACAGUCUGUGUCAGUCAUCAUGAGUCAUGUACUAGCUGUCAAUGCCCCUCAGGAGCUAUUUGUUGUAUUGACUUGAUUUUUACUUCCAAUCCAAUAGACCACGGUUUUACUAUAAUUGCUUCAAAUGGUCUAAAUGGAUAUUCUUGACUUUUAGUGAGCGGAUUAGUUUGGAUAUAAAGGUGUGUUGAGUCAAGAUGCAACAUUUUUGCACCCAGGCACACAUUGUAUUACCUCUUAUUCGCACAACAUUCUUGUAUGUCCAUUGCUACAUUUUCCAUGUACCUAGAAUCGCGGUUAUGUGAUAAAAACUUGGUGAGGACAUGCUUUGGCACAAGUUAUUGAGAGUAUCUGAAUUUUUGGAUAUAUGGAGAGGUCUGUCUGUCUGUCACACUUACAUUUUUACAUGUGGAUGUAGGUCAUGGGUUUGCACUCAGUACUUCUGGGGUCCUAACAUUGGCUGCAUUGGAAGUAAGUGUGGUGGCAGAACAGACAGAACAUACAGAAGAAUGCUAUGCAAAUGAGAAGAACAUGUUUUUUUAAAGCCUUCCUUAUUACACUAUUGAUAAAUAAUAGCAAAUACAAACGUACGGUUUAGCUAUCGUUUAUCCUGUAAGUAUUGUUCAAAUCUCAAUUGAUUUAAGUGGGAAUGUGUUUUCUCCGACCAGCUCCAAUGUCGGUGGCGCCUCUCCUAACUGCCAUCAACUCUGCUUUCUCAUCUACCCUGCUUUCUCAUCAACACUGCUUUCACAUCAACUCUGCUUUCUCAUUAACUGCAAUCAACACUGCUUUCUCAUCAACAUUGCUUCCUCAUCUACACUGCUUUCUCAUCAACUGCCAUCAACUCUGCUUUCUCAUCAACUCUGCUUUCUCAUCAACUCUGCUUUCUCAUCUACUCUGCUUUCUCAUCAACUCUGCUUUCUCAUCUACUCUGCUUUCUCAUCAACUCUGCUUCCUCAUCUACACUGCUUUCUCAUCAACUGCCAUCAACUCUGCUUUCUCAUCAACUCUGCUUUCUCAUCAACUCUGCUUUCUCAUCUACUCUGCUUUCUCAUCAACUCUGCUUUCUCAUCUACUCUGCUUUCUCAUCAACUGCCAUCAACACUGCUUUCUCAUCAACUGCCAAGCACAGAGCCUUUACUGCAAUCAGACCUUUCUACAGGAGCUGGACAAGCAAACAUAAACACCUGCCAUUAGGUUUCAGGGCACUAUGGGCAGCGAUAAUGGAAGAGAUUCAGUGUGGCAGUCCAUGAAUAACAGCCUCAGAUUCUUUGUCUGGUAUUGCAGGUCUGUUCUCUAGAAUGGCUCAUACACAUAGUCAUCACCUAUGAGACCUGACCUACAUCCGGCCUAUUGUGGAGGUGAAGCUUGUAUAUAAUAAAGGACAUGUGUUCAUGAAUUCCAUUUGCAGAAUUAAUUAGUCAAGGGUGUGCUACACAAUGCAGCUGAUUCCAGUUCUUUUUCCAACCCCAGUAUGACAUCAUCCUCAUCACGUUUCAGUUUAUUUUACUCAACUGAAGACACAGUGAACUCACAGUAGACCACUCUGAUCUUUUCUCAUUGAAAGUCAGUCUACACAGACAGGAUACAUUGUGUAUUUCCAGUAAAGGGAUGGUUUUGUAUGGGGAGUUAUUGAGGAUGUGAAAAAAAAUCCAACAACCCCUCACUUUUAAUUCCUGUUCAGGACUCUGUUAUUGGUAUCCACUAUCUAGUGAUCCUGAAAUAAUUACCUUGUAAUCUCAACAUAACAAAUGAUGUGGUUGUGCCCCAUAUAAUGUGCUAUGUGAUCCACUGGCUAAAUGGAAAGACAGGGUAUUGAAAAUUCAAAGUGACGAGUUACGAUGAAAACCCCCUUUCAUUUCAAACUUUGUUGCCUCAGAACAUUGGAAUCAUAAUUGUUGUAAAUUUUGUAGUUUCAAAGGUGGAGUCUUGUAUCAUGAACACUAUUUAUUGCCAUGUGUCUUUGAACAAAAAUAAAGGCAGUGAGUCUGUUAUUUGUAUAUGCCUUCUGUGCGUUGGCAUGAAAUGUGUACAGUGAAAUCUAUAUUAAAAAUAAAGUUGACAUGUCUUUGGA